CUCAUAUAUAUACCCCCACAGAUUUCACAUUUUAGUCUGUGACUCCCCCACUUUCUCUCAGUCCUUCUGUCAGUCUCUGCUGCUCCUCCUCCUCCUCCUCCUCCUCCUCGUCACUGUGUAGAGUCUGAAACCAAAAAGAAGUCAAGAUGUCUGAGGGAAAGAAGAUGACAUCGAGCCGCAGGCAUCAUCUCAAGAGUGUGAUACUGCAGAUCGCUGCUAACUGGCUCGAGCAGGAAGCUACUGACAUCGCAGCCGCCAAAGAAGCUUACAUGGCAGAGAAAUGCCCCGCCCCCGACAUGAGCGGAGACCAGGCGGCUCUGAUGGAAAUCUGCAAAAAGCUGCACCAGGCCCUCGACAAGAUCGAUGAGGACAGAUACGACUCCGAGGCCAAAGUGGCAAAGACAGAUAAAGAGAUCGAGGAUCUGAAGAUGAAGGUGGUGGAGCUGGCCGGAGUGAAGAAACCCGCCCUGAAGAAAGUGCGUAUGUCGGCCGACACCAUGCUGCAGGCUCUGCUGGGAGGAAAACACAAGGUGACCAUGGACCUGAGGGCCAACCUGAAGCAGGUCAAGAAGGAGGUCAAAGAGGAGGCUGGCGAGGGCGUCGGCGACUGGCGUAAGAACGUUGAGGACAAAGCCGACAGGAAGAAGAUGUUCGAGACUUCCUAAAGACUUUCACUUCUUGUGGGCUUCUAAAACUCUUUGUUACAUCUCUGAAAAAACUCGUGCCAUUAAAUUAUUUUUUGGAAUAAGG